CCGGAGAGGAGGUCGCCUACCCCGUCUGAUGCUGCGCCUUUGUCUCAGAGAAAGAGAAAGGCAAGUGGUUGGGAUGUGCAUGCACCUGGCUACGAGCAAUACACUGCAAUGCAGGCCAAGCAGACAGGUUUGUUCAACCUACCGGGCGCUAAUCGAACCCAGAUUCCGCCCAUCCUCGCCAUCCCGGGUCUUCCUCCUCCUUUGCCUGUACAGAGCUUUGGUAUGGGCAUCGGUGGGAACCCGAAUUUGUCCAGACAGUCCCGUCGGCUGUACAUCGGCAGUAUAACGCCAGACAUCAACGAACAAAACCUUGCUGACUUCUUCAAUUCUAAAAUGAAGGAGAUGAGUAUCGGUACUGGUGCUCCCGGUAAUCCGGUCCUCGCGGUCCAGUGCAACUAUGAGAAGAACUAUGCAUUCGUUGAGUUUCGCAGUGCUGAAGAUGCUACAGCAGCCAUGGCCUUCGAUGGCAUCAUCUUCCUCAAUGGACCCCUCAAGAUCCGUCGUCCUAAGGACUAUGGCGGCCCUGAGUCUAUAGCACCUAUGAUGCACGUGCCGGGUGUGGUUUCGACUAAUGUGCCAGAUUCAAUCAACAAAAUCUUCGUCGGUGGGCUGCCGACUUAUCUCAAUGAAGAGCAAGUCAUGGAACUACUCAAGAGCUUUGGGGAGCUGAAGGCAUUCAACCUCGUUCGGGAGAACGGAAACGGCCCGUCGAAGGGCUUCGCCUUCUUUGAAUACGUCGAUACUGGUGUGACAGAUGUUGCGAUCCAAUCAUUGAGCGGCAUGGAGCUCGGAGACAAGUACCUUGUCGUCCAGCGUGCCUCAGUCGGUGCAAAACCUGGUCAAUCCCCCAUCCCUGGCAUGUACGACCAAGUGGAAAUCCCGAAGCCCAUUCUGCCCGCUACAGACGUGGACAACACCGACGCGCGGAUCCUGCUGAUGCUGAACAUGGUUGUCACCGAAGAUCUUACAGACGACCAGGAUUACGCGGACCUUUUCGAAGACAUCAAGGAGGAAUGUUCCAAGUAUGGUGUCGUUGAAGACCUCCGCAUCCCCCGUCCCGUCAAGCGCGACAAGGGCAAGUGGGGCGAGAGCGGACACGACAGCGCGAUCGCGGCCCAGCGCAUCGACGAGGCGUCCGGUGUAGGACGGGUGUACGUCAAGUACCGAGAAUCGUAUAGUGCCGCCCAGGCACUAAAGGCGCUCGCUGGUCGUAGCUUCGCGGGCCGUAGUAUCAUUGCGACACUGUUGUCGGACGACAGCCAGACCACUCCUCCGCUGAAUCUGAUCUUCGCCCCACAGCCCGAGGCGCCUCCGCCGUUGCCUCAGGACUGA